AUGCCUGAGAAGACCACAUUCAGCGAGGUCGACUACGCUGGGCACAAGGACGACUUUGCUUCCCAUAAGGAACAGACGAUCCACGAUGAAGCUCCUGCUCGCCAGGCUUCCGUCGCCCUCAACGUUGUUGACAACCCUCUGAGACGUACCAACAAAGAAACCACCGUCCACGAUGCUAUGACCUUUGCCGAAUCGAACGGCAUGGCCGACGACGCAGCUCUCUUCGGUAGAGCAGCUCUGGUUGCGCGUGACCCCGAGCGAUUCGAGUCGAUCCCUGACCUUACAGAGGAGGAACGUGCAGCACUCAUCUACGAGAGAGACCACAAAUGGCAUGGACCCAAGAUGCUUUGGUUCUCGAUCGGUCUUUGUGCCAUUGGUGCCGCCACACAGGGUUGGGAUCAGACUGGUUCCAACGGAGCCAACUUGUCUUUCCCUCAAGAUUUCGGUCUCUACGAGAGCGGUCCCAUCUGCGAAGCUGCUGGUACUUGCUCAUACAACCAGUGGAUCGUUGGUCUCAUCAACUCCAUCAUCUUCCUGACUGCUGGUCUCAUUGGUGCCUUUAUCGUCGAUCCUCUCAACAAGUACCUCGGUCGUAGAGGUGAGAUCUUCCUCACUGCCGCCUGUCUUACUGCCACCCCUAUCGGUUCCGGUUUCGCACAAUCAUGGCAAGGUCUCUUCGCUGCCCGUUUCAUCAUGGGCAUUGGUAUCGGUGCAAAAAACGCCACGGUCCCCAUCUACUCGGCUGAGAUGGCACCUGCUCGCGUUCGUGGUGCUCUUGUCAUGUUCUGGCAGCUUUGGGUCGUCAUUGGCAUUUUCCUCGGAUUCUGCGCAAACGUUAUUGUCAAAGAUGUCCCCCGUAUCGCAUGGCGUCUUCAGCUCGGAUCAGCCUUCAUCCCGUCUCUUAUCCUUAUGCUCGGUAUCUACUUCUGUCCCGAGUCACCUCGUUGGUUGAUGAAGCACGGCAAAAUUGCCAAAGGCUACCAGUCCAUGGCCAAAUUGCGCGCACACCCCAUCAUUGGUGCGAGAGACUACUACUACUCCUACGUCAUCUAUCAGGAGGAGCUCAAGGUCGCCAGUGGUUCGACAUACUUCACUCGUCUGAGAGAUUGUUUCACCGUACCUCGUAUUCGCAGAGCCAACUACGGUGCUUCAACUGUCAUGCUUGCCCAGCAGAUGUGUGGUAUCAACAUUAUCUCUUUCUACAGUUCCACCAUCUUCACCAACGCUGGCUACAACUCCGAUCAGGCUCUGUACGCAUCUCUCGGCUACGGUGCGGUUCAAGUCGUUUUCACAAUCCCCACGUUGUUCUUGAUCGAUACCAAGGGUCGCAGAACUUUGUGUCUGAUUACGUUCCCUCUUAUGUGUAUCUUCCUGCUAGCUGCAGGUCUGUCGCUGUUGCAACCCGAUUCCGCCAGUUCAGCUGCCAAAGUUGGACCCGUUGUCCUAUUCGUGUACCUUUUCACCAUCAUGUACUCGCUGGGUGAGGGCCCUGUUGCAUUCCAGUAUUCGGCCGAGGUUUUCCCCACCAUCCAGCGUGAGCAAGGAAUGGCCUGGGCAGUCUGCAUCAACAACACUUUCGCUGGUAUCCUUGGUCUGACUUUCCCUCGUAUGCAACACGUCAUGACAGCAACCGGUGCUUUCGGCUUCUACGCUGCACUCAACUUGAUCGCCUGGGGCAUGAUCUUCUGUUUUGUCCGCGAGACCAAGCAGCUCACUCUGGAGGAAAUCGACCAGGUCUUCUCGGUGCCCACGAGAGAGUUCCUCGCCUACGAGACCGGUACCUGGCUGCCUUACUUCUUCAAGCGCCACGUUCUCUUCAAGAAGAACACCCCCAAGCCCCCACCAAUCAUCGAGAAGUCUUCCUGGGCCGACAAAGUCGAGCCUGUGACCGCUUGA